AGCCCUUUCACCUCUGUACUGAAGUCACCUCUGAGGUUCACCCUUCAGCCAAAGAUUAGACAGGCCCAUAAAAUACACAAUAAUACCCAUAGCUCAACUAUGUAUAUGAGACUAAAUGGGCACACCAGCCCAGGGGAGGGACAAGAAGGCAGGAGGAGGAAACUGGACAAAUGGAAUUGGGGAACCAAAGGUCGAGAAGGGGACAGUAUUGACACAUCACAGGGAUGGCAUCUGAUGUCACAGAACAAUAUGUGUAUGAAUUGUUCAAUGAGAAAUUAAUUUGUUGUGUAAAACUUCAUCUAAAGCACAAUAAAACAAAAACACGUUUGUUAAAAUUUUAUAUUUAGUAAUUAGAUUUAAAUUUAAGGUAAAAACAAAAAUCUAAAUCCUCUACUUCAUAUUUCAUAAAAAGAAUUUAUACAUAUUAAAAUUUCUUAAUCUCCUAAAUAUCUUUUAAUUUGCUUUUUUUUUUCUUUUUUAGCACUUUUAUAUGCAGAGUAAAUGGUAAUUAAAAUGUGCAGGAUGACAAGAUGGAGCAAACAGUACUUGUACCACCAGGACCUGACAGCUUCACCUUCUUCACCAGAGAAUCUCUUGCGGCUAUUGAAAGACGCAUCGCAGAAGAAAAGGCUAAGAAUCCCAAACCAGACAAGAAAGAUGAUGAUGAAAAUGGUCCAAAGCCAAAUAGUGACUUGGAAGCUGGAAAGAACCUUCCAUUUAUUUAUGGAGACAUUCCUCCAGGGAUGGUGUCAGAGCCCUUGGAGGACCUGGACCCAUACUAUAUCAAUAAAAAAACUUUUAUAGUAUUGAAUAAAGGGAAGGCCAUCUUCCGGUUCAGUGCCACCUCUGCCCUGUACAUUUUAACUCCCUUCAACCCUCUUAGGAAAAUAGCUAUUAAGAUUUUGGUACAUUCAUUAUUCAGCAUGCUAAUUAUGUGCACUAUUUUGACGAACUGCGUGUUUAUGACAAUGAGUAAUCCUCCCGACUGGACAAAGAAUGUAGAGUACACCUUCACAGGAAUAUAUACAUUUGAAUCACUCAUAAAAAUUAUUGCAAGGGGCUUCUGUUUAGAAGAUUUUACUUUCCUUCGGGACCCAUGGAACUGGCUCGAUUUCACUGUCAUUACAUUUGCAUACGUGACAGAGUUUGUGGACCUGGGCAAUGUCUCAGCCUUGAGAACGUUCAGAGUUCUCCGAGCGUUGAAAACCAUUUCAGUCAUUCCAGGCCUGAAGACCAUUGUGGGGGCCCUGAUCCAGUCCGUGAAGAAGCUCUCAGAUGUCAUGAUCCUGACUGUGUUCUGUCUGAGUGUGUUUGCUCUAAUUGGGCUGCAGCUAUUCAUGGGCAACCUGAGGAAUAAAUGUGUACAAUGGCCUCCCACCAAUGCUUCCCUGGAGGAACAUAGUAUAGAGAGGAAUGUAACUGUGGAUUACAACGGCACACUUGUAAAUGAAACUGUUGUUGAGUUUGACUGGAAAUCGUAUAUUCAAGAUUCACGGUAUCAUUAUUUCUUGGAGGGUUUUUUAGAUGCACUGCUGUGUGGAAACAGCUCUGAUGCAGGCCAAUGUCCAGAAGGAUACAUGUGUGUGAAAGCUGGUAGAAACCCCAAUUAUGGCUAUACAAGCUUCGAUACUUUCAGUUGGGCUUUUUUGGCCCUGUUUCGACUGAUGACUCAGGACUUCUGGGAAAAUCUUUAUCAACUGACAUUACGUGCUGCUGGGAAAACAUACAUGAUAUUUUUUGUGCUGGUCAUUUUCUUGGGCUCAUUCUACCUAAUAAAUUUGAUCCUGGCUGUGGUAGCCAUGGCCUAUGAGGAACAGAAUCAGGCCACCUUGGAAGAGGCAGAGCAGAAAGAGGCCGAAUUUCAGCAGAUGCUCGAACAACUUAAAAAGCAACAGGAUGCAGCUCAGCAGGCAGCAGCUGUAACUGCCUCGGAGCAUUCCAGAGAACCCAGUGCAGCAGGCGGCCUCUCUGACAGCUCAUCCGAAGCCUCAAAAUUGAGUUCCAAGAGUGCUAAGGAAAGAAGAAAUCGGAGGAAGAAAAGAAAACAGAAAGAGCAGUCUGGCGGGGAAGAGAAAGAUGAGGAUGAAUUUCAGAAAUCCGAAUCUGAAGACAGCAUCAGGAGGAAAGGGUUUCGCUUCUCCAUCGAAGGGAACCGACUGACGUAUGAAAAGAGGUACUCCUCCCCACAUCAGUCUUUGUUGAGCAUCCGUGGCUCUAUAUUUUCUCCAAGGCGAAAUAGCAGAACAAGCCUUUUCAGCUUUAGAGGGCGAGCAAAAGAUGUGGGAUCUGAGAAUGACUUUGCUGAUGAUGAGCACAGCACAUUUGAGGAUAAUGAGAGCCGGAGAGAUUCUCUGUUUGUGCCCCGGAGACAUGGAGAGCGACGCAACAGUAAUCUAAGUCAGACUAGUAGGUCGUCUCGGAUGCUGGCAAUGUUUCCAGUGAAUGGGAAGAUGCACAGCACUGUGGAUUGCAACGGUGUGGUUUCUUUGGUUGGUGGACCUUCAGUUCCUACAUCGCCUGUUGGACAGCUUCUGCCAGAGGUGAUAAUAGAUAAGCCAGCUACUGAUGACAAUGGAACAACCACUGAAACUGAAAUGAGAAAGAGAAGGUCAAGUUCUUUCCAUGUUUCAAUGGACUUUCUAGAAGAUCCUUCCCAAAGGCAGAGGGCAAUGAGUAUAGCCAGCAUUUUAACAAACACAGUAGAAGAACUUGAAGAAUCCAGGCAGAAAUGCCCUCCCUGUUGGUAUAAAUUUUCCAACAUAUUCUUAAUCUGGGACUGUUCGCCAUAUUGGUUAAAAGUGAAACAUAUUGUCAACCUGGUUGUGAUGGACCCAUUUGUUGACCUGGCCAUUACCAUCUGUAUUGUCUUAAAUACUCUUUUCAUGGCCAUGGAACACUAUCCGAUGACAAAACAUUUCAAUCAUGUACUUACAGUAGGAAAUUUGGUCUUCACUGGAAUCUUUACAGCAGAAAUGUUUCUGAAAAUUAUUGCCAUGGAUCCUUACUAUUAUUUCCAAGAAGGUUGGAAUAUCUUUGAUGGUUUCAUUGUGACACUAAGCUUGGUAGAACUUGGCCUUGCCGAUGUGGAAGGAUUAUCAGUUCUCCGUUCAUUCAGAUUGCUCCGAGUAUUCAAAUUGGCAAAAUCUUGGCCAACAUUAAAUAUGCUAAUAAAGAUCAUUGGUAAUUCAGUGGGGGCUUUGGGAAAUCUAACCCUGGUGUUGGCCAUCAUCGUCUUCAUUUUUGCCGUGGUUGGCAUGCAGCUCUUUGGUAAGAGCUACAAAGAUUGUGUCUGCAAGAUCUCCAGCGACUGUGAACUCCCACGCUGGCACAUGAAUGACUUCUUCCACUCCUUCCUGAUUGUGUUCCGUGUGCUGUGUGGGGAGUGGAUAGAGACCAUGUGGGACUGUAUGGAGGUCGCUGGCCAAGCCAUGUGCCUUACUGUCUUCAUGAUGGUCAUGGUCAUUGGAAACCUGGUGGUCCUGAACCUCUUUUUGGCCUUGCUUCUGAGCUCAUUCAGUGCAGACAACCUUGCCGCCACGGACGAUGAUAACGAAAUGAACAAUCUCCAAAUUGCUGUGGAUAGGAUGCACAAAGGAGUAGCUUAUGUGAAAAGAAAAAUAUAUGAAUUUAUUCAGCAGUCCUUUGUUAGGAAACAAAAGAUUUUAGAUGAGAUUAAGCCACUUGAUGAUUUAAACAACAAGAAAGAGAGCUGUAUGUCCAAUCAUACAGCAGAAAUUGGGAAAGACCUCGACUAUCUUAAAGAUGUAAAUGGAACUACAAGCGGCAUAGGAACUGGCAGCAGUGUGGAAAAAUACAUUAUCGAUGAAAGUGAUUACAUGUCAUUCAUAAACAAUCCCAGUCUUACUGUGACUGUACCAAUUGCUGUUGGAGAGUCUGACUUUGAAAACUUAAACACGGAGGACUUCAGUAGUGAGUCAGACCUGGAAGAAAGCAAAGAGAAACUUAAUGAAAGCAGUAGCUCGUCGGAAGGCAGCACCGUAGACAUCGGUGCGCCUGCAGAAGAACAGCCUGUAGUGGAACCUGAAGAAACCCUUGAGCCUGAAGCCUGUUUCACUGAAGGCUGUGUGCAAAGAUUCAAAUGUUGUCAAAUCAGUGUGGAAGAAGGGAGAGGAAAACAAUGGUGGAACCUGAGAAGAACAUGUUUCCGAAUUGUUGAACAUAACUGGUUUGAGACCUUCAUUGUUUUCAUGAUUCUCCUUAGUAGUGGAGCUCUGGCAUUUGAAGACAUAUAUAUUGAUCAGCGAAAGACAAUUAAGACUAUGUUGGAAUAUGCUGACAAGGUUUUCACUUAUAUUUUCAUUCUGGAAAUGCUUCUAAAAUGGGUAGCAUAUGGCUAUCAAACGUAUUUCACCAAUGCUUGGUGUUGGCUCGACUUCUUAAUUGUUGAUGUUUCAUUGGUCAGUUUAACAGCAAAUGCCUUGGGCUACUCAGAACUUGGUGCCAUCAAAUCUCUCAGGACACUAAGAGCUCUGAGGCCUCUAAGAGCCUUAUCACGGUUUGAAGGGAUGAGGGUGGUUGUGAAUGCCCUUUUAGGAGCAAUUCCAUCCAUCAUGAAUGUGCUUCUGGUUUGUCUCAUAUUCUGGCUAAUUUUCAGCAUCAUGGGCGUAAAUUUGUUUGCUGGCAAAUUCUACAACUGUGUUAACACCACAACUGGUGAAAUGUUUGACAUCUCCGAAGUGAAUAAUCAUUCUGAUUGCCUAAAACUCAUAGAGAGAAAUGAAACUGCCCGAUGGAAAAACGUGAAAGUAAACUUUGAUAAUGUAGGAUUUGGGUAUCUCUCUUUGCUCCAAGUUGCCACAUUUAAGGGAUGGAUGGAUAUAAUGUACGCAGCUGUUGAUUCCAGAGAUGUGGAACUCCAGCCUAAGUAUGAGGAAAGUCUGUACAUGUACCUUUACUUUGUUAUUUUCAUCAUCUUUGGAUCCUUCUUCACCUUGAACCUGUUUAUUGGUGUCAUCAUAGAUAAUUUCAACCAGCAAAAAAAGAAGAUAAGUCAAGACAUCUUUAUGACAGAAGAACAGAAGAAAUACUAUAAUGCAAUGAAAAAAUUGGGAUCAAAAAAGCCACAAAAGCCGAUACCUCGACCAGGAAACAAAUUUCAAGGAAUGGUCUUUGACUUUGUAACCAGACAAGUUUUUGACAUAAGCAUCAUGAUUCUAAUCUGUCUCAACAUGGUCACUAUGAUGGUAGAAACAGAUGACCAGAGUGAAGAAAUGACUAAUAUUUUGUCACGCAUCAACCUGGUAUUCAUCAUCCUGUUCACUGGAGAGUGUGUGCUGAAGCUCAUCUCCCUCCGCCAUUAUUACUUUACCAUAGGCUGGAAUAUUUUUGAUUUUGUGGUUGUAAUUCUCUCCAUUGUAGGUAUGUUUCUGGCUGAGCUGAUAGAAAAAUACUUUGUGUCCCCUACCCUGUUCCGAGUGAUCCGUCUUGCCAGGAUUGGCCGAAUCCUGCGUCUGAUCAAAGGAGCAAAGGGGAUCCGCACUCUGCUCUUUGCUUUGAUGAUGUCCCUCCCUGCGUUGUUUAACAUCGGCCUCCUGCUCUUCCUGGUCAUGUUCAUCUAUGCCAUCUUUGGAAUGUCCAACUUUGCUUAUGUUAAGAAAGAAGUUGGAAUUGAUGACAUGUUCAACUUUGAAACAUUCGGCAAUAGCAUGAUCUGCCUGUUCCAAAUUACCACCUCUGCUGGCUGGGAUGGAUUGUUGGCACCUAUUCUUAAUAGUGGACCACCUGACUGUGACCCUAAUAAAGUUAAUCCUGGAAGCUCAGUUAGGGGAGACUGUGGUAACCCAUCUGUGGGGAUUUUCUUCUUUGUCAGCUACAUCAUCAUAUCAUUCCUGGUUGUGGUGAACAUGUACAUCGCUGUCAUCCUGGAGAACUUCAGUGUUGCUACCGAAGAAAGUGCAGAGCCCCUGAGUGAGGAUGACUUUGAGAUGUUCUAUGAGGUUUGGGAGAAGUUUGAUCCUGAUGCGACCCAGUUCAUGGAAUUUGAAAAACUGUCUCAGUUUGCAGCUGCUCUUGACCCCCCUCUCAAUUUGCCACAGCCAAACAAACUCCAGCUCAUUGCCAUGGACUUACCCAUGGUCAGUGGUGAUCGAAUCCACUGUCUUGACAUCUUAUUUGCUUUUACAAAGCGGGUUCUAGGGGAGAGUGGAGAGAUGGAUGCUCUCCGAAUACAGAUGGAAGAACGAUUCAUGGCUUCUAAUCCUUCCAAGGUCUCCUAUCAGCCAAUUACCACCACUUUAAAACGAAAACAAGAGGAGGUAUCUGCUGUUAUUAUUCAGCGUGCUUACAGGCGCCACCUUUUGAAGCGAACUGUAAAACAAGCUUCAUUUACUUACAAUAAAAAUAAAAUCAAAGGUGGGGCUAAUCUUCUUGUAAAAGAAGACAUGAUAAUUGACAGAAUAAAUGAAAACUCUAUUACAGAGAAAACUGAUCUGACCAUGUCCACAGCUGCUUGUCCACCCUCUUAUGACCGGGUAACAAAGCCAAUCAUAGAAAAACAUGAGCAAGAAGGCAAAGAUGAAAAAGCCAAAGGGAAAUAAAAAUAAUUGAGUGACAAAUUGUUUACAGCCUCUGAAGGUUGAUGUAUUUUUGUCAAUAGGACUUCUUUAGGAGGUCAAUGCCAAACUGACUGUUUUUACACAAAUCUACUUAAGGUCAGUGCCUACACUAAGACAGUGACCCCUUGUUGGCAAACUGUGACUCUGGGUAAAGGGGAGACAACCUUGACAGGAGGUUACUGUUCUCACUACCAGCUGACACUGCUGAAGACAAGAGACAAAAUGGCUACUCAGA